UACACCCCUGAACGAGAACUAUCCUACUACCAGUGGGUGCCAUUCUUCUUACUACUCCAAGCAGCGCUCUUUCGAGCACCAAGCUAUAUAUGGAGGUCGUUCUCAAAUCAUUCUGUUAUAUUCGCGACCAUAUACAGAGCUCAUUAUGUCCGUGUUACAGGGAUCAGAAUGCAUGAAGUCGUGGAGAAGGCGAAAGACUCCGCAAAUCUGGAAGAGGAAGUCCGAAAGAGAAAUAUCGCAGUACUAGCGAAGCACCUUCAAUGUGCUCUACGGUUUCAUAGGAGGAUGGAGAAGAGGCGGGUGAUGGUGCACAAGACUAUAACCUGCCUGAAUUAUCAGUACUCAUCAGGAUUUGUCUCUGCCGUCUAUCUUGUCACUAAGGCACUCUAUCUUAUCAACGUCGUAAUGCAACUAUGGUUUAUGAAUACAUUUUUGGGCACCAAUCGGCAUCAAUGGUAUGGACUUGGAGUUAUUCAAGAUAUCAUACAUGGCGUGGAAUGGGAG